UCCUUCCUCCGUCUGUCCGCCCCGGGAUCAUGGCGGCCGCCGUGGCUUCCCGGUACAAGGCUCUGCUAUGGGCAGGCGCUGCUUGGCUGCGUCAGGGAGGCAUCGGGGAGCUGCGCGGGGCGCGACUUGAAGGGAGUAUCCCGGGGCGUAACUUCAGCCUCUCUAAUCACCGGAGCACGGUCGUCGUGGAGCGCUGGUGGAAGGUGCCGCUAGCCGGGGAGGGGCGGAAGCCGCGCCUGCACCGGCGACACCGCGUGUACAAGCUGGUGGAGGACACGAAACACCGGCCCAAAGAGGCCCUGGAGCUCAUCCUGACGCAGUCUGUGGACGAAAUUGGAGUCCGGGGUGAUCUGGUCUCAGUGAGGAAAUCCGUGGGUCGUAAUAAGCUCCUUCCUCAGGGACUCGCUGUGUAUGCAUCUCCUGAGAACAAGAAGCUGUUUGAGGAGGAGAAACUGCUGAGACAAGAAGGGAAACUGGAGAAGAUACAGACGAAGGCAGGCGAGGCGACGGUGAAGUUCCUGAGACGCUGCCGCCUGGAGGUGGGCAUGAAAAACAACGUCAAAUGGGAACUAAGCCCCGACAUCGUUGCCCGCCACUUCUUCAAGAACGUGAGUGUCCCAAGCAUUAGCAUUCCUCUCAGGUAGGAGACCCAGGAUUGAACCUUUUUCUACAAAAUGGUUUUACGAACUGGAGUUGGGAGUUGCUCUUGAUGGUUUGCGGGGAGAAGUGGGAAUGUGGCUCAGUAAAGGCCAGUGGGGAAGGGCAGUUGCGUUUAUGUUUAUCUCCAGCUGGGCAGAACUGGGAAUGUGUGGCUUACUGGAGAAGUGUUACUUUCAUGGGUGAAGAAGAUCUGUUCUGUUAAUAAAUUUACCACCCUUGCUGAGAAAUUAAGACUGAGCAUCUCUGCUGUCAUCUGUGGUACCCCCUGGGGUCAGCCAGAAUCAGCCCUGUGUAGAACAUUCCAGGCCGGGUGUCUCUGAGGUUGCCCAGAGGCAGAAGCUGCAGGUUCUCUGGUGGUUGGUUCUGUUUUUCAGCUUGGUGUUGUGGUUUCCCCGCAUGCUUUGAAGUUACCAGAGGAACCUAUCACUCGGUGGGGCGAGUACUGGUGUGAUGUGACUGUAAACGGGCUCGACACCGUGAGAGUUCCUAUGUCCGUCGUGCUCUUUCAGAAGCCCAAGACCAAGAGAUACAAGCACUGGCUGGCCCAGCAAGCUGCCAAGAGUGAGGCCCCCAGCAGCUCCCCCGCAGUCUGAAUGUCCCUGCCUCC